AUGCCUAAAUCAAAUAUAUCUCCCACAUUAUUUUCAUGGAAACUCUUGCUAGCCUUGAUUUCCUUUCAGUUAGCCCCUAACUCGGCUUACAACGUGGCUCGUUAUGGUGCGAGAGGGGACGGCCGAACGGACUCGACCGCGGCCUUCCAACGGGCCUGGUCGGCCGCCUGCAGCUCGGCCCGGCCCGCUUCAGUUUCGGUCCCGAGGGGCACGUUUGUGGUCGGGCCGCUCAGCUUCACGGGCCCGUGCAGAAACCGGAUCUUGUUCGAGAUGGCAGGAACUAUUGUGGCUCCCGAUAACUAUUAUGCGAUCGGCAACUCACCAUAUUGGAUUUUGUUCUACAGAGUUAGUGGGUUGACGCUGGUCGGGGGAACAAUCGACGCCAGAGGGUCCGAGUUCUGGUCGUGCAGGCGGGGCCGGUACAAUCGGUGUCCUGGCGGAGCAAGGACGAUGCACGUCACCAUCGGCCACAGCAGCAACAUAAGGCUUCGGAACGUGAGAGUCACGGCCCCAAGCGGGAGCCCCAACACUGACGGGAUCCACAUUGCCUCGUCUAGAGGCGUCACGGUCACGGACACCAUAAUUAAGACAGGGGACGACUGCGUGUCCAUAGGCCCCGGCUCUAUGAACGUUUGGUUGGAGCGGAUAGGUUGCGGGCCCGGGCACGGAAUCAGCGUUGGAAGUUUAGGGGACAGUUACAACGAGGAUGGAGUGCAGAAUGUGACGGUGACGAACUCCGUAUUCACAAAGACACAAAAUGGGGUCCGCGUGAAGUCGUGGGCCCGGCGGAGCGUCGGGUAUGCUCGGAAUCUGGUGUUUAGUAACCUUGUCAUGAGAAAUGUUGCCAAUCCCAUCAUCAUUGAUCAAAUGUACUGCCCUACAGGCGCCUGCCCUCAUCAGAGUUCUGGAGUGAGAGUGAGCCAAGUGUUGUACAGAGACAUAAAGGGGACAUCGUCCACGCAGGCAGCCAUGACCUUCAGGUGCAACCCGUCUAACCCUUGCUACGGAAUAAGACUGCAAGACGUUAGGCUGACUUAUGUCGACACACUACGUAGGCCGACCGUUGCCUAUUGUGAGAAUGCUCGGGCUUCGAGCAGGGGAUCCGUCUUCCCGAGAGGAUGUUGGUGA